CUGCCAUCCUGCUCGUCAUCGUCGCUGCGAAGUUCAUCUUUCUGAUAAUCAGCAGUCUGAAACUACAAAGAAGUCAAGAUGUCUGAGCCAAAGAAGAUGACGUCGAGCCGCAGGCAUCAUCUCAAGAGUGUGAUCCUGCAGAUCGCUGCCACCUGGCUGGAGCAGGAAGCCGGCGAGAAUGUGGCCGCCAAAGAAGCGUACAUGGCGGAGAGAUGCUCCGCCCCCGACCUGAGCGGAGACCAGGCGGCUCUGAUGGAAAUGUGCAAAAAGCUGCACCAGGCCCUCGACAAGCUCGACGAGGAGAGAUACGACUCCGAGUCCAAAGUCCAGAAGGCCGACAAAGAGAUCGACGAUCUGAGGAUCAAGGUGGUGGAGCUGGCCGGCGUGAAGAAGCCGGCCCUGAAGAAGGUCCGCAUGUCGGCCGACUCCAUGCUGCAGGCUCUGCUGGGGGGGAAGCACAAGGUGACCAUGGACCUGAGGGCCAACCUGAAGCAGGUCAAGAAGGAGGUCAAGGAGGAGCCCGGAGAGGCGGUCGGCGACUGGCGUAAGAACAUCGAGGACAAAGCCGACAGGAAGAAGAUGUUCGAGACCUCCUAG